CAAUUUUCAGCACUGUCACGUGCCAUCAACACAUAAUGGAAUGAGCCAACAAGUGUCGCCACGGAGCACAGCAGCGCAUUCAAACAAUUCUCAACUGCCAAAGGUAAAUCCGGACGACCGUUUGUCUCCGAAUACUCGCGUACUCAUCACAAAGCUUGAGGAUAGUAUGCUAAGAAAGAGUCGAUCGAUAAUGUCAAUGGUUUUUGGAAGGAAAAAAGCAAAGGAUCGAGCUGAAAAAGGACAUCCGUAUGUUGAGGCAUCAGUAUCACAUGCACUAGUCGUCAUUUUCUUAGAAUAUUUCGCAUGGGGUCUACUAACAGUUCCGGUGAUAAAUGUGCUCGCCGAGACGUUUCCGACUAACAAAUUUCUUAUGAAUGGGCUCGUGUUAGGAGUUAAAGGUCUUUUAUCAUUUCUGUCUGCUCCACUCGUUGGCGCACUUUCGGAUGUUUGGGGACGCAAGGCAUUCCUUAUACUUACUGUAUUAUGCACGUGUAUGCCAAUUCCAUGUCUAAAAAUCAGUCCAUGGUGGUACUUUUCAUUGUUCAGUCUCAGCGGACUGUUCUCAGUGACGUUUAGUGUCAUCUUGGCUUAUGUCGCUGAUAUUACGGAUAAAUCGGAACGCUCAUCCGCCUAUGGCCUUGUCUCAGCGACGUUUGCAGCUUCAUUGGUGACGUCACCGGCACUCGGUGCCUAUAUUUCAGAAGUCUACGGAGAUAGUCUCGUGGUACUGCUCGCAACAAUUGUCUCGGUGGCUGAUGUGAUUUUUAUUGUGCUCUUUGUGCCAGAAUCACUUCCAUCUCGAAGAAAUACUGGCUCUGUGUCACAAAUCACUCCGAACGAGGUGUUCAAUUGGCAAUCCGCUGAUCCGUUCGGAUCGUUGAGAAUCGUUUGGGAGGAUAAGUUGGUUCUCCAACUCGCCACAAUCGUCUUUCUCUCAUAUUUACCCGAAUCUGGUCAAUUCUCGUGUUUCUUUGUCUAUCUGAAACUGGUCGUUGGCUUCUCGCCGGAAGCCGUUGCCAUGUACAUUGGACUUGUCGGAAUCUUGUCCGUCGUUGCUCAAACCGGAUUCUUGCACUGUUUGACGAGCAGAUUCGGUACGAAACAUACGAUUACGCUGGGACUCAUUUUUCAGCUGAUUCAACUCACCUGGUAUGGAUUGGGAACGCAAUACUGGAUGAUGUGGUCAGCUGGUGUUCUUGCCGCGAUGAGUAGUAUCACGUAUCCAUCAAUCUCUGCAUUUGUAUCAAUACUUUCGGAUAAGGACAAACAGGGAACCGUCCAAGGUGUCAUCACCGGAAUUCGUGGACUUUGCACCGGUUUCGGUCCGGCUCUCUUCGGCACAGUGUUCUACUUAUUCGACGUUGAUUUAGAAGAUGAAAAGAGCACUGGAGGAGCAUUGUCAUUAGUGGCACCGAGAAAGAUUCCCGAGAAGAUUUUGGCGCCGACGAGGAAUGAGAGUUCAUGGAUUCAACAACAAGUGGACCGUGCGGCCGCAUUCGAUUGGCAAUUCAUACCUGGUCCACCAUUCUUAAUAGGUGCAAUGAUGGUACUAUUCGCAUUGCUCAUCAACUCAACACUUCCACAUACUCCAACACCGUCGAAAUACUUCCGAAGGUCUUCACCAUCGUUAUCUCGACAAUCUUCAGAUACGGCACGAUUGUUGAGUAGUUCUGAUUCUUCACCACAUUGUUGAAAAUUGUUCGACGAAUCGAAUUGUUCCUCGCUUUUGUAUUCAUUUCUAGCAUAUCUCGACUCCCUCCUUACUAGGAAAGGUUUUCAUUUUACACUCGGGAUUCAAAACGAGAACUCUUAAAUUUCGGUCUAAAAUUUUGAAUUUGAAUUUACGCUGUUUUUGAGGGUUUUUAGAAUUGCCGCAAAAAAUCUCUUCAAAUGGUUUUCUGAAGCUUCGGAAAAUGAUUAAGUUUCUUAAAGCACAUUUCAGAAAAAAAUCUAAACUUCGAAUGGCAUAUUCCUAGUCUUGAAGCCUGAGUAUAUCAUGAAAAAAUCUAUCCUUGAAAGAAACCAAAUGUGAUAUUUAUCUAUUUAUUUUACAUAUACAUUUCUCAUUCACUCCUCCCCUAUCGUUUUCCCCACCCCAAUUUUGAAUGGUCAAUUUUUUUCGGGUAAUUUUUUCUCGUUUUUUUGCAGAUUUUUUGAUGAAUCCUCGUCCCCCGAAUUUUCCCUUGGGUAUUAAUUUUGUUUCUUCUCUUUUUUCAUUGAAAAUUGUAUAAUAAUCACCCCCUAUCAUCACAGUGUCUGUGUUAUUAUUUUUUGUUUUUUUGUUCAUUCUCCGAAUGAUUCAAUUGAUGACACACCUGCCACCUGCCCCACCAGAAGCAUAAAAUUUUUAUUUCUAUUAUUGUAUUCCGGUCAUCAUCGAAAAGCUCCACCACUCCUCCCACCUGAAAUUUACAACUUUAUAUCAAAUUUUGCUGAAAAUUUUAGAGAUCUACAAGAAGAAUAUGAUAUCAGAUUAUUUUUACCUUUUAUUCACUAUCAGUUUGCUUGCCAAUAGUGCGCUUAUGGUUGUGACCCACCAAAGUUCGAAUGGGAAUAGGAUAUCCGAUGCUCCAAAGGAUCAGAUGA